AUGCACGGAAAUCAUACAGCCCAUCUUGAAUAUUCGGAUGAAGAAGAAUUGAAAACCGAUGUUUGCCUUGGUUUUUUCCUUAUGGUUUUGUUCACUUCCUCGUAUUCUGAAGUUGAUUCCGUCGACCUGGAUCUGGCAGACGGCGGAGACGUCCUAAACGAGCUCGGGGCCUCGUUUCCGCCCUUGGAGAGUCCUCCAGUUCACUUUGAUACUGAAAAUAACACUGUCGUGACAGCACAAACGGGGUCAACCGCUCUAGUUCCGUGUGUUAUCAACAAUAUCGGAGAUGGAACGGUCUCAUGGAUCAGAAGAAAAGAUUACCAUCUGCUAACGGUUGGCUUAGCGACUUACAGCAGCGACGACAGAUUUCAAGCCAUUCACCUGCAACACUCUGAGGACUGGACACUGCAAAUCAAAUUCGUCCAGCAACGAGACGGAGGCCUGUAUGAGUGUCAAGUGUCAUCACAUCCACCUACAAGUAUUUUCAUACAACUCAACGUCGUGGAAGCCAGAGCCGAUAUUCAAGGUCCGUCAGAAAAGUUUUUAAAACCAGGCAGCGGUUUACGGUUACAAUGUACAGUUCUACAAAGUACAGAACCUCCAGCUUACGUAUUUUGGUAUCACAACAAUAGAAUGAUCAACUAUGACGUCGACCGGGGGAUUAAUGUGACAACUGAACUAAGUGAGAAAAGUAGUACAUUGACAAUCACCAAUGCCGCUACGAGACAUUCAGGGAACUACUCUUGUGUCCCGAGUAAUGCGCAACCUGCCAGCACUUAUGUGCAUAUAUUAAACGGUGAAAAUCCGGCUGCGAUGCAACACGGCGGAAGGGGAUUAUCCUGGCUCCAAUGCAGUCCCUCGUCCUGGUUGCUGAUCCUGUUUUCGUUAGUGGUUUUGAUGUGCUAGUUUUGGUACUGAAAAGAGGAAUUUUUUAAAAUAAAAAAAAAAACAAUGUCUUCAUGGACUGACAGUGUAAUUCAAUAUAAAUUUUAUGUAGCUGGAUUAAGGACUUCGAUAAUUUAAAUUGACGUUGCCUAAUACAAAAAAAUGAGUUCUCUUCGAACAAGUAGAUAUUAUGAUAAUUAUUGUCCCUUGUCCCCUUGCUAUUAAAAUGUUAAUUGGGAGGGAAUAAUUAUUAUUAUGGCGAAAAUACAUUGAUAUAACUUAUUUUACUAUUUUUUCUUAUUCAAAUCAAAUUAUUACUCAAGGACAAAAGAAUAUAUAUGGGGUGUCCCACAAUAAGCGUCACAGGCCAUAACAAUUUUUAUCCCAUUUUGAUGUUUAAAAAUAACAUUAUUGUUAGCAUGAUAGUCCAGGAGGCAGUGAUGAUUUUCGAUACUUAUUUUCCCAGUCAGCAAACAUAUACCUAAUUAUAAGGUUAAUAAUUCUAUGCAAAAUUCAUAUACAGGGUGUCAAUUUGAAAACAAUGCGAAUAUCUGUGAAAGUAAAAAAGUUACAAAACCUUAUUUGGUACAAAUGUUAUACAGGUAGAGGGAACUAGAACUACCAUAUUUUGGUUAUAAUGGCCCCUUGGGCCCCAUGCACCCUAACCCCAAUAUUUUAAAUGUGUGAUUCCUAAAUGAGCGUCACCGUACGUGUGAUAUACAACAUUUUAUUUACGACCCAGAUUUUUGUUUUUUUUUAACGUAAAUAUUCAAAAUGGUUAUGAUUUUCCCCAACAGAUUAUUCAGUGACCUUGGAACUAAAGUUUGAUUUUAGGCUAAAACAAAAUAUUUCCUCAGCGAGUGAAUAUAAGCAACGCUGCAUGCACUUCUUUUUCCCAACACGUUCAAAACGCAUCAGUGGUGCUGUCAUCAGCCUUAGGUAUUCGUUUAUCUUUUAAUAAUAAUAAUUUUUUACAAAUAAAUGAAUUGUGAAAAAAUGAGUUUUUAAUAAGAAUGAGUUACUUAAUGAGCUUAUCAAAUCACUAGUGAUAUAAUGUGCUCAUUACAACACUAGUACGAUAAUAAUACUUAUUAUGUAACUCGAAUGGGUUACGUAAUAAGCUCUUAUAAUAUGGGUCAUAGAUAAAACAUUUUCAACUCACUCUCGGUAUGGUUAAUCACUCUGCCCACAUAAAAAUCUGCUAGAAUAUACUUCUUAAUCUAAUUCCUUGUACUAUAUUGUUUAGAAUAUCCAUCAAAAUGGAAUAAAAUUUUGUGUACAUCACGUGAGUUAAAAAAUAUUUAUUCAUUCGUAGAAAUAAGCUCACCCUACGGGCUUGUGGGCUAAACUCUCUGCUCAUGAAUAAACAUUAAUUUGACUCACUUGGUGUAUUAUUUAAGAAGAAAUUAUUUAAAAAAAAAUAUAUAAAAAACUAACUUGAGAGGUCCAACCCCUUUUGAAAUAGCACACCCCAUGAUUAUUUUUAUUGAUUCUGAUUCGUUCCCUGUCAAUUCUAUCUGAAAGUUUCUUGGAUUUGGUUUAGGGAUAGGAAAAACAAACAAUUAGUCUUUCGGCAACGUUUCGUCUUUAAUUACGACUUUAUCAAGCCC